AUGAAUCCCACAACCGACCAACUACCACCACCGCCACAACAGGCGUUGCCAUUACAGCCACCAAGAUCCUCCUUCAGCUGCGACCGCCAUCCCGAUGAGAACUUUUCAGGAUUCUGUCCAUCAUGUCUCUGCGAACGUCUCACCACUCUAGAUCAAUCAGCUAACGCCACCGCUGCCGCUUCCUCCUCCCGUCGUAAUUCCACCUCCUCCGCCACUGCUGCUGCUCUCAAAUCGAUAUUCAGAGUGCCUUCCUCUUCCAUCACUACCUUCGAAGCCUACAAAAACAAAACAGCAGCUACAGCUACAGCUUCAGGUUCAACCAGAACCUCAUUUUUCCCUGAGCUCCGCCGCACAAAGUCUUUUUCCGCCUCGAAAAACGAAGGAUUAGGAUUCUCUGCCGGGGUUUUCGAGCCUCAACGGAAAUCGUGCGACGUUAGGGGUCGUAACACUCUCUGGACACUCUUCUCCAUCGACGACGAAAAUAAACCCAGGCAUUCCUCCGCUCAACAACAAGCCCUAGGAAACACUGGGACCCUCCUCGAGACCAACAAAGAAGACGACGACGAAGAAGAAGAAGAUCAAUUUCACAACGAAGAAAUUGAACUUGCUGAAGAGCAAGACGUGAGUAAUUUUAACGAUCCUGAGAACGACAUUGUGGAAGAAGCCGCUGAAAUUCAAGAAGAAGAAGAAGAGAAUGCAAGUGUGGACGAUUUGAAAACCAUGAAGGAUCACAUAGAUCUCGAUUCGCAGUCUAAAAAACCAUCAUUAUCAAAUUUCUGGUCAGCGGCGUCGGUUCUAAGCAAAAAAUGGCAAAAAUGGAGACGAAAGCAGAAGAAGAGCAGCAUCGACGGCAACGGCGUCCUCUCAUCCUCAACAUUGCCGGUAAAGAAACCGAUUUCGCGUAAGUAUCGAGAGACUCAGUCCGAAAUUGCUGAUUACGGAUUCGGCCGGCGAUCCUGCGACGUUGAUCCCAGAUUUUCACUUGACGCGGGUCGGAUCUCGUUUGAUGAUCCGAGAUACUCCUUCGACGAGCCUAGAGCUUCCUGGGACGGGUAUCUAAUCGGCCGGACUUUCCCACGGCUUCCUCCCAUGGUAGAAGAUGCACCUGUGGUGCAGAUACCACGUUCCGAUAUGCAAAUCUCCGUCGAAGAACAACCACCAAAUGUAGAUCUUCUUGUCCCCGGUGGAUCAAUCCAAACCCGAGAAUAUUACUCCGAUUCUUCCUCCAAGCGCAGGAAAAGCCUCGACAGGUCAAACUCCAUCCGGAAAAUGGCCGCCGCUGUAGUGGCGGAAAUGGACGAACCAAAAACAACCACCGCCCCAGUCUCAAACGCCAAAGUUUCUCCCGCAACCAUCGAUUACAACCACGGUCAUGGCGCCUUAAAAAGAUUUCCAAGCAUUGGUGGUGAGCGAGAAUUAGCAAGGGAUUCAUAUUCAAAUUCCUUAAGAGACGAUUGCUCAGAGACAUUCGAAUUAGGGUUCAGAGACAACGGCGAGAAGAAGGAGGGCAAGAAACCCAGACGAUGGAGAUGGAAGUUGUGGGGGUUCAUCCACCGCCGUGGAGGAUCCAACAAAGACGACGACGACGACACUUUCAGCAGAGUAAACGGCGUCGAGAGAUCAUACUCAGAAUCAUGGCAAGAUCGAACAGAAUCAAAAGGUGGGUUUAACAAAAAAGUAUUACGAAGCAACAGUAGUUCGAAGAAAUGGAAUUGGAAUUGGAACAGGAAAAAGCAAACCAACAAGCAACUCAAAUUCAAUUGCCAGAAACAUGCUUCGACUCUACUGAAACGUAACCAAGUAUGAUUGAUGGGAAGAUUAAUGCUAAAAGAGUUAAAAAUCAUACUGAAAGUUGCAAGAAGACAAAGAUUAUUUAUGAAGAUGCUUUCCUAAGAAGGUAAUAAACUCACACAUGUACUACUCAUAAUGGAUCAUUGAGGUUGAUAAGAAAACACACAGGUGUGAAUUGUGAAUUGUGAAAGGUAAAAGGGUUUGAUCAAAAGAGGAAAGGUGGUGUGCUAAAUUGGUAAACAAGGAGAUUGCUUCUUUCAAACAAGGCUAGGAAUUUAGUUCACAUUUGACACAAGUUUCACUUACUCCCUCUCGCGUGUAGUUUUUCGGAUCUUUCGAAAUGAUUUGUAACUUUGUAUUUGGCAAUGAGAAAUUUUUUUCCUCUUUUAUUUUUUCGAACAAAUCUUAGACAUUUUGGAUGCGUGUUUGGUACACGGGACCGUUGUCUAGGGUUAUUUAUGUCUUUUUGCAUAUAUGAUAUCUCGAGAAUGAAUCUCUAUCCCUUAUUUUAUCUUGGUGGG